AGGGCAGGACGCAGUGCAGCGCUGCUAAACAGACCAGUAUGAAGGGGCAGUUACGAGUAUUUACUUUGAAUUUUGCAAGUAUAAGCAUUUGCUUAUUUUUAUUCAUAUGGGCCAUUGUCUCACAUUAUUUUAGUGUCGGUGGGUAGUCUAAUUAAUAAAGGCUUUGUAUUAAAUUCUUUGUUUGUGUGGGUUACAUUUGGAGAUAUUUUCUAUUGAUUAUAAAACUGUGAGCUAACUUUUUUACAUAGAAAAUGUGAGGAUUUAUUUAUUUUCGCUUACUUUCUGUAGCACAUUUUUAAAAGAAUAUGUACAUAUGAAUCGUUAGCUUAACUUUACUGUCGUCAUCACAUUACUCCCCAUUUUCAUGGGCAAGCCAUUCAAGGAAUCUUCAUGCCAAUAGUUGCAGAUGACAAAUCAGUUCUGGCAACAUUUCCAGACUAUUUUUCUGACUUCAUUAUUUGCGGUGAUAUCAACUGUUUUGUCGUCACAGCAUAUUCGUCUUCUCUCAUCUCCAAUGUGUAGGUGUUAGCUUAUAUAGCCCAUAAAAUAGAACAAACUAUACUGGAAAUUAGUAACUAUUGUAGGAGGAAUCGCAUUAAUAUACAGAGGAAUGUGACUUGGAUUCUCUCUGUGAAGAUCCAUAUAAUUAAAGGUAAAUGGAAUUUCCCACGCGUUCUACAAUUUGGUAUUCUUGUGUUAUUUCCUUACCCUGAAAGUCAAAUGCUUUCUGUUCUACCAUAUGUCAAAAGUAAAUGGUCUUCAGUGGGGAGACAUUUCUACUAUAUACAUUCUUUUAUGUGACCACGUAAGAAAUGACUCUUGGAAAUUUUUUGUCAAAACUCCAUUUGAUUUAAAAGGAACUCUUUAUGUACCAUUUGGUAGUAUUACAUAUACCAUGAAGUGAUAGAACAGGGCAAUAUUUGAUUUCUUCGUGUCCUACUAUUAUGGUACAACUGGCCAAUAAAGUUACAAAAAAUCUCGCAAAAAAUCUUUUAUUAUAUCUUCUUUAAGUGAACUGACAGUGUUCUUAGUAGGUAAUCAUCUUUAGGUGUGGUGGCAAAUGUGUUUUUGUUUUUCAUAACCCAAGUACUCCAACAACGAAAAUUAAAAAUGCUUUAGCACAUUUGGGGUUUCUUUUGGCAUAGUGUAUUUAAUUGGUGAAAGUAACAUGCCUUUUAUGCAGGGCACUCCUUUUUCGUAUCUCAGUACUGGGAUUUCAAUUCAAUGAAAGGAUAUGAUGUCGGAUAAAGAUGUGGAGGGUUUCUUAAUUUAAAGUUAUGUUAUUCUAACGCCUUAUUUGGGGUAACUAGUUCUCUUUGUUUACAUAAAAACAGUUGUUAUGAGGGAAGCUAUUUCUUUGUACUGAGGCGCGAAAAGAGGACGCCGAAUAUUCAGUACCUAAUAAUGUCACAUUCUUUCAAAAUUUCUUUGGAAUGUCUUCAAGUAUUGUCAUCUGCUAAACAGUUAAGUAGUCAAUUUUAAUUUAACUAUUUAUGUAGAAUUAAUUUACUUCUUUUCAUAACAGUUUUUCUGUGUGUUUAGGUGCAAAACGGAUGGAGAUGCCUUCGAUGCUACGCAAGCAAGAUAUAACAUUUUGCCUAUGUUACUUAAUAACCUUACUUUUAAAUUAAAAAUAUUUAGUUUCGUAAGGGCAGGGUAAACAAGCGUUAUUACUAUCGCAACCAACAAACAGGUGAGAGUCAGUGGCAAUAUCCUCAACCGGAUAUCGUGGGUGGCGAUGAAGCAAUGGAUAUUUGUACAACACCUCCCCCAACCUUAACAGAUUCUGUAAUUAACGAAUCGGUGUUACCUGCACCCACAGCGCCCGUUCCUGUACGACCACCACCACCUCCGAGAAUUAAAAGCCCCACACCCCCACCACCACCAAUUAUAUCAAAAAAUGUUAAGCAACGAAAAAAAGUAAAGUCUCCUAGAGCCGUCGGAGCAGUUCAGGAGUUACCUCCAUUACCAAGUGGUGAACCUCUUCCUCCGGGCGUUGAUUCACUGCCAGAACCAGCUCAUAAAGAGGAAAGUCAAAAUAGCAAAAAGGAUUCAUUAGGUUCUGAGCUUAAUUCUUUCUACUCCGAUUUGGCUGCUAUGGAAACAGUAGUAGGUAAUACGGUACCAGAAACACAGUUGGUCGCUGAGACUGUUUUAAGUGAUAAUAUGUCUUCAAAUACUGUGCCGAAGAAAAAGAAAAAGUCUAAAGUCAAAUUAGUCGAAGGUUUAGCAAUGAAAAAGAAAGGAGUAUCCAAGCUUGUUGAAAGAUGGAAAAAUGUUCAAAAGGAUUAUAAUUAAAAUAUCUGGGAGAAAUUUGACUUAACAUACUUAAAUUAUUUUUAUUAUGGAAAUACGUGAUAAUGUGCUUGUAUAUUAGGUUUGCAUAAAGCUAUUGUGAUUUUUCUAGAAGUGAUUUUUAUGCAACAACAAUUUUGAUUACUAAUUUAGAUGAUUAUAUAAAAUAUUCCGCUACUAUAUCAACAUUGACCAAUCGUCCCUUGUAAAUUUAUUAUUCACAGAAAUUCAAAAACUAAGAGUAGUAUCCUUUUUCUGUACAAAACCUCCAUUUUUAAUAACUAAUAAAAUAACAUCCUUUA